AUGUCGUUCGACCUGAAACAGAUCCCUCUUCCCACCAUCGAUCGCCCCUUCGGGAUCGAAUUAUGGCCAUUCUUCAACAAGGCCUUCGACGCCGUCGUCGGAUAUCCUGCAGACGACUUCCGCUUCGUCAACGGAGAGACGCCCAUGUCCACAUUUAAAGAAACCGCCAUUGCCAUGGUCACAUACUACACUAUCAUCUUUGGUGGUCGGGAGGUCAUGAAGAAGCUCCCGGCUUUCAAACUCAACGCUCUUUUCAUGAUCCACAAUUUCAUACUCACAGCUGUGAGUGGAAUUUUGCUUGUUCUCUUCCUUGAACAGCUUAUUCCCACCCUCUAUCACCAUGGUGUCUUUUAUGCUAUCUGUGACCACAAUGGUGGCUGGACUCAGCCAUUGGUUGUUUUGUACUACCUCAACUACCUUAACAAGUACCUCGAAUUUCUUGACACCGUCUUCCUUGUCUUGAAAAAGAAGCCCUUGACUUUCCUCCACACUUACCACCACGGCGCUACCGCUCUCUUAUGCUGGACUCAGUUGAUUGGAUUGACCUCGGUUUCAUGGGUUCCUAUCACCCUCAACUUGCUCGUCCAUGUUGUCAUGUACUGGUACUACUUCCAGAGUGCCCGUGGUAUCCGCAUCUGGUGGAAGAAGUACAUUACCAUUCUCCAGAUCAUCCAAUUCGUUAUCGACCUUGGCUUCAUCUACUUCGCUUCCUACACCUAUUUCUCCAGCACCUACUUCCCCUCUGCUCCUAAUAUGGGUACCUGCGCUGGUGAGGAAUUCGCCGCAUUCGCUGGCAUGGGUAUCAUCUCCUCCUACCUCGUACUCUUCAUCUCAUUCUACCUGGUUACCUACAAGAAGGCUGCCAAGACUGGACGCCCUCGCAGCAACACUGGUCGCCAGGCUCUUAUCGACAUGAAGGACGCCGAAGUCCCCAGUCCUAUCGCCAACGGUCGCAAGGCUGCUAACGGAGCCACAACAACUGGACGCCAGGGACCUGUCACCCGCUCUCGCAAGGCAUAA